AUGACGUCAGAUAGAUUGACAACGGUGCGCGGGGCUCGCGCGGUGGCCACUCUGCCUUGCCGUAAAGCGCGGAGCGCCCCCCCCGGAAGGAGAUGUCGUAAAACCGCCUCGCCAUCCCCCUCGCCCGGCGGCCCGGUUUUACGACAGUGUCGCGCGGUGCCGGGGGACGAUGGCGGCGGCGGCGCUGGCGGUGUCCGGGCUCCGGGUCGGGCCGGCGGGGGGGGCCCGGACUGGGCGGGGCGGCCCCUGAGCACCGGGACAACCAUCAUCGCGGUGGAGUUCGACGGGGGGGUCGUGAUCGGCGCCGACUCGCGGACAACCACGGGCUCCUACGUGGCCAAUCGCGUGACGGACAAACUGACGCCCAUCCACGAGCGCAUCUUCUGCUGCCGCUCCGGCUCCGCCGCCGACACCCAGGCCAUCGCCGACGCCGUGGCCUAUCAGCUGGGCUUCCACAGCAUCGAGCUGGACGAGCCGCCCCUGGUGCACACGGCCGCCAGCCUCUUCAAGGAGAUGUGUUACCGCUACCGCGAGGACCUCAUGGCCGGCAUCAUCGUCGCCGGCUGGGACAGGCGCAAGGGGGGGCAGGUGUUCGCGGUGCCCAUGGGAGGGAUGAUGGUUCGCCAGCCCUUCUCGGUGGGCGGCUCGGGCAGCUCCUACAUCUACGGCUUCGUCGACGCCUCCUACAAGCCGGGCAUGAGCCGGGAGGAGUGUCUGAGCUUCACGGCCAAUGCGCUGGCGCUGGCCAUGCAGCGGGACGGCUCCAGCGGCGGGGUGAUCCGGCUGGCCGCCAUCACGGAGCAGGGCGUGGAGCGCCAGGUCAUCCUGGGCAACCAGCUGCCGCGCUUCUCCGCCGCCUGAGGGGGGCCCCCGCCCCGACCCCCCCUGCAACGCACGGAUUAAACUAUCGGAACCCA